UAAUGGAAAUUACAAAUGAAACAUCCACACACGUAUAAUGUAAAGUUCAAUAGCAGUUCAUUUGUGUUUUCCCAGGGUAAACCAGUUUUGUACAUGGUAACCAGUUGUUCCGUGCUUUUCUGGUGGACUACUUCAUUGGUCUGUGAAAAACCGCCGGUGAGGAGAGAAGUUCCGUGUUAUGCGUACGAUUCCAAAGGAGACUUGAGAGACUUGAGCCCUUUGAUAAAGUCGCAAAGUGGAUACCACGUAGAGUCUUUAAACCCCGGUUCCGAUUUUUACAUCAACGUUUGUGCCGAUAUCAAUAAUGUUGGAGAAACUGUUAACUGUCCAGAUGAAACUGCAGCUUGUGGUAAAUUUGGGGGGCAGUAUGUAUCCUUUGGAAGAGCUACAUCGGGUCCUAGUUGGAAAGGACAGGAUCUUCAGUUAGUAUACAAAGUAGAUGACGAGUCACUCCCUGGUUGUGAUGUUAAACCUCAGACAACAAUAACGUUCAAAUGCCCACCACGUGGUAAGGGAAAGCCGCCUCGUCUGGUAUCUGAUACCAACUGUCACUACCAGGUGGAGUGGGAGACAGAAUAUGCUUGUCCUCUCAACGUGUUGCAGGGAAACAAAUCAACAUGUAAAUUUAACCGAAAUGAUCAUGAUGUUGACAUUGACCUAAGCCCGCUGAUCAAACCUAAUGGAAAUUAUCACCUGGAGGCUGAUGUAAAUGGAACAAAAUUGGAUUUUUAUUUGAAUAUUUGUGGUGGUCUGGGUAAGAACUUCAAAUGUAAUACCAGUAAGUGGCUCACGACCACUGCAUGUGUAAAGUAUCCCGAGACACAGACCUCUCAAAUUAUCGGAAGAAAACAUCUUUCCAGCCUAAUGUAUGUUGAUGGUGAUUUGUCAUUAAUAUACCAUGGAAAUCCUUUUGGUAGUAUCAUCAGGUUCCUUUGCAACCAAGAAGUUGACGGCAAUGGAGUCGGUAGUCCUGUAUUUGUUGAGCUUCAUGAUAACGUGUUCGUGUUUGACUGGAAAACUAGAUAUGCCUGUGUGAAGCACGAGUCCAUGAAACAGUGCGAGAUAAACCAAGGAGCAGUCUACAUCAAUCUUGGAAUACUCUUGAGGAACAAAAAUGAAAAACCUUGGCAGGUGUUCACUGGAGGAACGCGCGACAAAGGGGACACGGGAGUUUCUGAGUUGUACCUGAACAUUUGUGACGGAGUUCCUCAGAAUGGGAGUACCAAAACUUGCUCCGAAGGAACAGCCCUGUGCAUGAUUGGCUCUGAUGGUAAUGCUAAGAACCUUGGAAAGUUUACAUCAUCUCCAAGUUACGAUUCCAGAUUUGGUGUCAUUCGGUUGAAUUACACAGAGGGUGACACUUGUGAAAAUGGACAACAGAUCAGAUCCUUGAUUACAAUGAUGUGUAAACCAGGUGACCUCGAUAGUGUACCCGUUCUUCUAAGAGUGAGUGAAGGAGGAUGCCUAUAUGAAAUUGAAUGGCAGACAGCAGCUGCCUGUCCUCUGGCUACCAAGAAGGGUAGAGAUUGUAAAGUAUUUGAUAAUGAUUUAGGCCUGACCUUUGACUUAAAUCCAUUACGUAAGGUUGAUCACUAUAAAAUCUCGACUGAUUCGUACAUCUAUUAUAUCAAUGUGUGCGGACCACUGAAAGGUACACCAUGUGACGAAACUGUUGGAAAAUCCCAGAAUGCAGCAGCUUGUCAGGUUUCCAUCCCUGAAAGCACAAGUUCAACAUCUUGGAAGCUAGGAGAACCAAACACAGAAGUGGCCUACAAAGAUGGCAUGAUUAACAUUACUUACAUCGGUGGUCAGCCUUACAAUAACGAAGAAAACACUCCUCGUACCACAUCCAUUGCAUUUCUUUGUGAUCCUCAAGCAGAUGAAGGCCAUCCACAGUUUGUGGAGGAAGCACACCACACGUAUUCCUUCCGUUGGUACACGAGCUACGUUUGUCCAAUGAUACGGCCUGUAGAGUGUGUAGUAGAAGACCCAAUAACUCGUAAAUUGUACGAUUUAUCCAGGUUAACCAGAGUUCAAGGUGACUCUAACUGGGAAGUCACUGAAAGCAACAAUAAUGAAACUUUGAAGUUCUACUUAAACGUUUGUCAGCAACUAGUUCCAACUUCCAGCCUGUGCAGUCCGCAAGCAGCAGGAUGCGUAACACAGUUGAGUCCUGAAGGAAACAAAACGGAGAAAGUGUUAAUUCGAGAUUUGGGCAAACCCCUCUCUUCUCCUACGUGGCAAAGUUCCGGCCGGCUGCAGCUGACGUACACUUCUGGUGCAGCGUGCAUUGCUUACAGUGAAAACGUUAACUAUUCCACUAAGAUCCACUUCCUCUGCCCCAAACAUUCUAUGGAAGAGAAGUUGACGUUUUUGGGAAAGGUCGGAAACUGUGAGUACUCAUUUCUAUGGAUAACUAAAGCAGCGUGUCCUGUAGAGGAACAAGUGAUCCAAGAUAAGUGUCAGAUUGUGGAUCCAAUUUCAGGAUUUUCCUAUGAUCUCAAUCCUUUAAAGAAAGAUGGGCAGUACGUAGUUACUGCUGGAUCGAGUACUUUUUACUUAAACAUAUGUGGAACGGUAUCUGAAGAAGCUUGCCAGACACCGGAGUUUCGGGGUAAAAUAUCAGUGUGUAAGAAAUCUGACAAUAACAACGUAACCACUCUAGGCCUCUUGAAGCACUUUACUCUACAUUUCUCAGAAGAAAACCUUUUGACAGUCACCUUUAAAGGCCCAUAUCAAAAAGAGACAGGACGAGAGACGACGGUUGUGAUAACUUUCCAUUGUCGUCCCAAUCAAACUGAAAGUAUUCCUCGGUUUGUUCGUCAAGAAGAUUCUCACACCUACAUAUUUGAUUUUGACACUCCAUUGGUGUGUGAAACGGUAGUUUCUGACUGCACUUUCACCGACAGUCACGGCAACCAUUACGAUUUGUCUCCGCUGGAAAAGUUAGACGGCACCAACUGGGAAGUGAUGGACGGACGCGAAGAAUACAAACACCUUCGGUACCACAUCAACUUCUGUCGGCAAAUCAACAAAGUUCCAACGUACUCGUGUCCAGGUGGGCCAGUUGGUGCCUGUAUGACAGAUGUUCAGAAGCCACAGUCAGAUGGUAUUAGCCUUGGAGUAAUGAAGAUGCCACCAGAGGUUAAAAAUGAUCAGAUAAUUCUCCAUUAUCCCAGUGGAUCUCCUUGCCAAAAUGGAACUACCCAAUGGAGUACAGUAAUCUUUCUCCAUUGUGCGACGGAUAAGAAUGAACUCCUGCUUUAUGCAAAAUCUUCAGAGUGUCAGUAUACGUUUUCCUUUGAAACACCAGCUGCUUGCCCAGUCAAGAGAGAGAGACCCCAUUUACUACUUCUGAAAUUUGAUCAAGUAACUAAACCUAAAACAUUUUGGGAACGGAUUGUGUUUUUGAUUUUUUUUUUCAUUCACACAGGAAAAUCAAAUGGCAACCUGAUCCUUCAAGAUGGAGCACUACAACUAAUAUAUAAAGGAGGCAAAGACAAUUGUCAUCGGAAGUACGAAAGGACAUCUAUUAUAACCUUCGUUUGUGACCACUCUACCAACGGCAUCGAGGAAGGGCCCAUCUUUAUUACUGAACAGAGUAACUGUACCUACUUGUUUCUCUGGGCUACUUCUUUAGCUUGUCCUCCGUUUGAGGUACAAGAAUGCAGUGUCGGUGACAGAAACGGGAAUCAGUAUGACUUGAGCUCCUUGUCUCUGUCAUCUGACAAUUAUUUCAUCACCUCUCCCGAGCUUCCCAAGAAGACUUUCGUACUUAAUGUUUGUAGAAGUGUGGUAUACCAGCCAGUUGCGAGAUGUCCAUCUGAAGCUGCUGUCUGCUUACUGGAUAAGGAAAAUGGAAAGACAUUAAACCUGGGACGUCUUGUCGAAAGUCCAUAUUUGGAGGAUGGGAAGCUCAAACUUCGAUAUUCCCAAGGAGAUACUUGUGAAUUGAAUGGAACAACAAAGAAAUUUGAAGCUGUUAUUGAAUUUAGAUGUGAUACUAAGAAAUAUGUAAGAGAACCUUGUAGAUCACAAAAGACUGUGAAUAAUAAUUUUUUCAUUUCUGAAAGAAUGGCGGCUUUAUUUAUCAACUUUUCUUUGUUAGGUUCGUGUCAGCAGGAAGUUCUUGGUGAUCGUAGGUGGGAUGCUGGGAAGGCUAAUAAUCACCUUCAUUACAGAGAAGGUAUGUUGUUUCUCAACUACAGCGGAGGAUCUCCUUGCCACGAUGGAAAGUUCCAGAGGAGCACAAUUAUCCAGUUUGUUUGUGGAGCCAGUGAAGGAAAACCGACCUUCAUUUUUGAAGAUCAUGACUGUACCUAUUUCUUCACUUGGCAUACAUCUCUUGCGUGUGAACACAAGGUGUAUUGUGCUGUGCAAAAUGGUACAGAAACUAUUGAUUUGUCACCUUUAAUGUUGACGGAGGGUAAGCACUCGGCGACAAACAUGAUGGAUGACAGAUCGGCGUACUUUCUAAACCUUUGUCGACCAUUGAACCCAGAACCUGGAGUAAACUGCCCCCCUAAUGCUGCUGUUUGUAAAGUUGGGAUAAGUGACAAUAAAUACCUUAGCCUCGGUCAGUCACUGAUGGAACCAUUUAUAGACUUUGAAGGUCAUGUGACAAUUCUUUUCCACAAUGGCUCACAGUGCGAGUCAGAUGUUACACAGAGGAAUAAAGGACGCGUGAUAUUCUUAUGUGACCCUACGGCUGGAAAGGGAGAUCCGGUGUUGAUAGAUUUCAUACCCGAAUAUUGUGUUUACAUCUUCGAAUGGAAAACUGUUCUUGUAUGUCCUAGAGGCCUGCAUGCUAUAUCUGAUUCUAAGAAAUGCAUGUACAGUGACUCGUUCAAGGGGUUUAACUUCGACCUUUCUCCUCUGACAAUAUCUAGAUCUUCUUAUAAGACUUCUGGUGCUGAUGAACAAGAAGAAUUUGCACUUAAUGUUUGUGCGGCUGUUAAAGAAUCGGAUAUCAACUUGGGAUGUCCUGGAGCUGGAGUAUGUACCCUGGGCUCUUCAGGGGAGAACUUCGGCUCGGCUGACAGUGCCACAUUGUUGUAUGAUGGUCGGAUGUUGAAGUUGCAAUAUAAAAAUGGAAGUGAUUGUCCCUCUGGUGAAAGUGGUCGUCGUUCAUCAGAAAUAAUUUUCAUGUGUGAUCCAAUGGCUGGAAUUAAUGCUCCAGUACUGUAUAAGAAGUACACGUGCAUGGCAGUAUUUAUGUGGAAGACAAGUUUGGUUUGCGAUAUGGAGGAAGAUGAAUGCACCUUGAUCGCUAGAGGUCAGAGCUACAACCUUCGGCUCCUUAGCAGCAUAAGCCACAGUUGGAAUACUACUGACGAAUUAGGGAAUAAAUAUUGGCUAAAUGUUUGCCAUGGAAUACGGGCUUUACCUGAGAGUUUGUCCUGUGUCCCCACUGCUGCUGUUUGUCGUCAAAGUACAGAGGGACAGGUUGAAUCACUCGGGAUGGUGGAAACGCAGAAACUUUCACUGGAUGAUGAUGGUAGUUUGCUCUUGACUUACACCGAAGGCAGUAACACAGCCUGUGAAACGUUGGGCCGACACGAUAAUAGACAGUUUGCUUCCUCACAUAUCAAAUUCAAAUGUGGGAACACGAUUGGACAACCCAGACUUCUUUCCGACACUGCACGUGAUGGUUGUGUCUUCGAGUUUUUAUGGGUGACUAGUGUAGCCUGCCCUGAGAAAGUUGAUUUAAUGAUACCAGAAGAUAAUGGAAUUAUCUAUGACAAAAGAUUGGAUGUAAGAAUGAAUGUUUCACGUCAGCUAAGUCGAACUUUUAAAGUUAGAGAAAGUAGAAACCACGAUGAUUACGUUUAUUAUGUUAAUAUGAAUGGAGGGUUAAAAGAUAUAGAUGCCACCUGUUCCCAAGCUGCCGUCUGUCAAACAAACACCAACAAAACUUUUUUUAGAGACGUGGGCAGCUUUCCUACGAGAGAGUUCGUCCUGAAAGGCACAGAACUGCAGUUGGUUUUAUCAUCUUAUGGUCGUAAAUGCGGGAAGAAUGACAAGAAGAACGUAACAACCAUAAUCACCUUCCAGUGUUCGACAGCAGCUGGCAUUGGGAGCCCAGAAUUUGUAUAUGAAAGCAACAAUUGUGAUUAUCUUUUUAAUUGGGAGACAUCUGGUGUGUGUCCACAGAAUUUCAUAUCAAAGGUUGAUCACGAACCUAAAGAUGAAAAGAGUAUUGUUCAGAUAAAUAAACUGGACACAAGCGAAUCUGUCUCGUCUUCAACGCAGAUCGUUAUUGCUGUAGUACUGAGUGCUGCUCUUGUGGCGUUUAUUGUGUUUAUUUUUGCCAAAGGAGAGAGAAGGGCUAUAAAAUAG